AUGGCCGACGUGAAGUGGAACUAUGAUACUCUGGAUGAAGCUCUGAGCGCACACGGCGGUCAUCUUCUUGAGGAGCUGCCGCUGCCACUGUCGGACUGGGAGGCCCAGAAGUGGCGCAUCUUCAGAUCAGUUUUCCGGACAGAUGCCUUGCAGCCGACGCCGGAUGUGACGCCGCUCGCUGGCUCUGUAGCGGCCGCGGCCGUUUCGUCACGGACACAGGAAAACGACGACCUGAUCCUGUCCGACGUGGGCGGUACUGCAGACGAUGACCAGGCCAGCUUCGACCGCGCCUGGCAAGUCGUUUCAGCGCGCAUUGCCCUGCCUCUGGGUGCAGCCAUGGAAGACUCGUUUGGCACGCUGGCGCCCGAAUCACAGCCGGAGUCGCCGGGCACGGCCGCGGCCGAGGACCACUUCCGUCAGGCACUGCGCCUCGUUCUGCACGCUGACACGCUGCUCCCGCGUGCCACCCAGACGCAGGACCUGCUCUCCUGGCACACGCAGCAGGUCCACCGCCACUAUGCGCAGCAUGUGUUGCCCCUGCUGUCUGCCUGCACCGAGAGUGAGCUGUCGGGCAGACAGGAUGACGGCAGCGGCAGCGGGGACCACUACUACGACGACCACAUGGCCGUUGUGCAGCACAGCGUCCGCACCCUCGAGGCUGCCUCUCGACUGUACUUUUACGGCCUGAUGCUGAUUGUCCGUGGCCUUGCAUCUGAUUCCGGCGACGACAGUGACAACAACAAGAAAAACAACACCGACAUGGUCAUUUCCCGGUUCCGACAGGAUGUCCACGCCCUCGUGGCCAACUCAGCCCCACAAGGCUUGAUGGUCUCGAUUCGCAUCAUCAUGACGCGCAUCACGGGCGCUCUUCUCGGUGUGAGCUCGAGUCCGGAGCGAUCUGCAGACAGCACAGUCAGCAAGUCGACGAGCUGGCGCGGGCAUAUGGCUGGCUCGCUACCCCAGCCUAAGCCGCCGGCAGAAGAUGACACGGAGGUCCGGACGCUGCGCCAGCGGAUGCACGAGAUGCUCGCCUCGCUGCACGACGUCGGCCUGGCUGGCCGGAGCUUCCAGAUCCUCUUUGCUGAGACCAUGGACUGCCACAUGAUCAGCUUUAUCGGCCAGUCGUUUGCCGGGCGCUGGACUGACCCAACGGCCGAUGCUGAUGCUGCUGUCACCACGGAAAAGGAUGCGGCCAUACGACGAAGGUCCCGCCUCUCGCGAGCCGGCGGGCCUCCGUCGACAAACAUUGCCACGCUGCACGACUGGAUCGAGAAGCACUUUGCUCGGCUGGCACACGAGGUCCUCGACCGUGUCGGUCGCGACCAGCGCGACACCGUCUCGCUCUCCGAUGUGGCCAAGUGGAAGGAGGUCGCGCUGGGCCGGCUCUCUGCGCUGCGUAUGGCGGAACUCUUUGACAUUGUGCUGCACUGGCCGCACAGCAGAGGCGGCCUGGUGGAUCUGCGCGUCACCGUGACCACGCCGCAGCGACGGUCGCAGCUCAUCGUUGCCUUUACGGCCUCGCUGCGCAAACAGCUCCUCAUCCCGGCCUGCUCGACGUUGGAAAUCCUACAGACCUACAUUGCCAUGAUCCGGACCUUUCACGCUCUCGACCCGUCCAACGUGCUGCUGAGCUCUGUCGUCGGCCAGCUGCAGAUGUACAUCUGCCAGAGGGAUGACGCGGUGCGCAUCGUGGUCGACGGCCUGCUGGCCGAACCUGACGAGGAUGUGGCCACGACUGCUACGGUUGCCGAGCGAGUUGCUGCAGCUACGGCCACUGGCACGACCAGCGGAAAGCUGGUCGAGCUGGCCUCCAUCCUGAACGACCCUUCACAGCAGCGCCGACGACACAUUGACGAGGAGGAGCUGGACUGGGACGACAUGGACUGGGUGCCUGAUCCCAUCGAUGCCGGGACCAACUACCGGCGGCCCAAGUCGGAGGACGUCAUCGGCACGCUGAUCAACGCCCUCGGCUCUAGAGAGGCCUUCACCAAAGAGUUCCAGAACAUCAUCGCCGAGCGCCUGCUCUCGUCGCAGGCCGUCUUUGCCAAGGAGGUCAAGGUGCUCAACCUGCUCAAGAAACGGUUCGGCGAGGGCUCCAUGCAGAACUGCGAGGUCAUGAUCCGUGACAUCCAGGACUCGAACCGGCUCGACGCCCUCAUACACCAGCUGCUGCGACAACAGGACCAUAGCCAGGGUCAAAACCCGCUGUUGAGCCCUUGGUCACGCCAGCAGCAGAAACAGCAGCAUGACGAAGAUGUUCAGUACCAGGCCAAGAUCCUCUCGAGGCUCUACUGGCCAGGCCUCGACCGGGAACACUUUUUGCUGCCGAGACCGGUGGCCGAUAUGCAGAAACGCUACGAGUCCGGCUACGAGACGCGAAAGUCCAGCCGUAAGCUGGCAUGGCUGAACCAGCUGGGUCGAGCCAGCGUCGAGCUCGAACUGGCCGACCGCACCGUUUCUGUCGAGUGCAAGACAUACGAGGCCACGGUGAUCUACGCAUUCCAGCAAGAGCCCACGAGCGACAGCCUGCCGGCGACACCGGUGCGGCGAUCCGUCUCAGAGCUCGUCGACAUGCUGCAGGCAGACGAGGACCUGGUCGAGACGGCACUGGCAUUCUGGCAACAGCAGGGAGUGCUGCGACACGACGCCGGCGGUGGCAGCAGCGGCCGUCCAGACACAUAUGUUGUGGUAGAGCGCCUCGGCCAGGAUGAGGAGGAAGAGGAGGAAGAAGCGGCAGCGGCGACGAUGGGCUUUGCAUCGGCCCCGACAACCGACGCUGACAACAGCAGCAGCAGCCGCCAGGCGCGGGCAGACGACGCACAGCGCACAGUAUACUGGCAAUUUAUCGUGGGAAUGCUGACCAACAGCGCGGCGUCGAUGCCUCUGGCCCAGAUCGCCAUGAUGAUGAAGAUGCUGAUGGCUGAAGGCUUCCCGUGGAGCAACGAGGAACUUCUGGAGUUUCUGGGCGAGAAGGUCAUGGACGGCGAGCUCGAGGUCAUUGGAGGCAAAUAUCGGCUGGUCAAGAAAUAG